UCCAGUCACCAGUAAAGAACUUGGCUUCCUUUUCAAGCUUGUAGUUCCAGGAAAGAGAAGGUGUUGGAGCUCAUCAUGGGGUCUCUUAUGGCUGGCUGGGAUUCUUAUGUUGAUCCUAAAGCAGCUGUAUAUCAGAGGAACAGGUCCUUCACCAAAGGGGAGAUCGAGGCUUACUGGAGAUCAAAGAAGAAGACAGAAGAAGACCACCUUCGAGGCAUUUCCCCCUCGCCACCGACGACACCGGAGAAUUCACCAAGAAAGGCUGCAGAGAUCACCUUUCAAAGAUCCCAUACUUUUCCUGUGACGGGAAAAGUCAGGGUACAGAUGGACAGUGAAAGGCUCGUGGAGGACCAGAAGAAGAACAACUGUUGGUGGACCAGCAGCGGCUCCGCGUUUCUGAAUGAGCCUCCGGUCAUUCCUGCGGAUGAAACCAUGACGGGCAACUGUCGUCAGGGAAUCAAGGCGCGGAUGUCUCUGCAUAAAAUGGAUAGCCAUAUGCCAGACAACAGAGCUUGUUAGAAGAUCUUCCUUCCAUCUUCAUGUUUUGGACAUGUCUUGGUUCUUGUUCCUUUUUGUACGUAUGUUUGUAGACUUGCGUGGUAUAAGUACGUCCUUUCUUCGUGUUCGGAGACAUAAAAGAGUCUAUGGGAAGCAGUAUAAAAUAAAGUUCAGGAAGAGUCUGCAUGUAAAGUUUUCAUUGCUUUCUCCUGUAUUAAUAAGCAAGCCUUGCAGUGUUUUCUGGAUUCA